UCGGUCGUAUCGCGGAGAUAAGGCUACAGUCUUCAAGAUGGGUUUUAAGGCUAUUCUGAUCUUGCUCACUGUUGCCAUCGCGGUGGUCUCUUCCUCGCAACUCCCUGGAUACCACAGCGCACCACAGACUCCGGCCAACUACGAAUUCCAGUAUGCUGUACGAGACGGCAACGACUACGGCCACCAGGAGACGCGUGACGGAGACUACACCCAAGGCUCCUACACCGUGCAGCUCCCAGAUGGUCGUAUACAGAGGGUCACCUACACAGUGGACGGUGACUCUGGCUUCGUGGCUAAGGUCACCUACGAGGGCGAGGCACAGUACCCGGCGUAUCCUUAGGAAGGCUUACUCAGUACUGAACCGUAUUCAUGUUGAUAAGAGUAGACAGGUGUGAAUGGGAAUGAAUAUCUUCGCAAUACAAGAGGUGUAUUUGAUCGGUUUCAAAUAU